AAGACAAGCAAGGGAGCCGUUCCAGAGAUAUAUCCCACCUACUACUACUACUACUACUAUAUUUACAUUAUAUACACAACACAACAAGAAUGCUAUUUGAAAAUUGCCCUUCUAAUUUGUAAAUUCUGUGUUGUAUACCUAUUCUUCCCUGAAAGUGGGCAGGCUAGUUACUUACACCAAAACAAUAGAAGUGCUACUGUGAAUUUCAAAAUUUCAGCUGCUGCCAUAGUUAGAAACUAAUAACUAAUAGGAUUCACUGUUGGAAUUGUAGUACAUAGCAUAAGUUGGCAAAUCUUGUGGCUCAAAUUUUCUGAAGAAGUAAUAAUGUCAGACAGCGACAGUAGUGAUGCAAAACAAGAAGAAAAAGAAGUAACUGUUGUGAAGAAUGCUACAGAUCUGCAGCGACUGAAACUCCAAAAACUCAUGAAAAAUCCUGAAAAGCUAGCUUUCAUCCCAGAUAAACCUAAAGAGAAGAAGUUCUCAGAUCCUGCUGAAUUUGUUCGUAAUGUCAUGGGAUCAAGUGCUGGUGCAGGUAGUGGCGAGUUUCACGUGUACCGUCAUAUAAGAAGGAGAGAAUACGCCCGUCAGGAGUUCCUCCAGGAAUUGAAAGAGAAGGAUGAGUUAGACAGAGUAUAUCAUGAAAAGAUCAAGCAGAAUAAAUUAGAAAUGGAACAGAAAGCAGCUAAGAAGAGAAACAAGAGACAGCGUCAGAAAGAAAAACAAAAGGCAAAGCGACAAAAGUUAAAAGCGAUGAAGAAAAAUGGCAUCCCUGUAGAAAAGAGUUCUUCUUCAUCAGAAAGCAGUGAAGAUGAGGAGAAGGAAGAGGAACUGAAAAGUGACGAUAGUUGUAGUAAGGGAGAGAAGGUACAAAAAUCAAGUAAAGUAGUCACUGAAGAGAAUGUGAAAGGUGGCAUUAUUAAUGAAAGUAGUAAAGAUCUAGAUGAUAAUGAUAAAACUACUAGUAUAUCUGAUAAAAAAGAAAGUGAGACUGCUAAUGUUAAAUCUGGUGAUUGAGAGUAUGUGUCAUUGAAUGUUUUAGGAACUAUAACAGAACUUACAUUAAGUAAAUAAAAAAAAAAUUUCUCA